GUCCACACUGAAGCCAUGGGGACGCUGUACGAUCUGGUCUUCAUCACCAUCAGUUACAACGUGUCCUUCAUUGGUAAAUCGUGGUGGGUUCUGAUGGUUCUGGGGCGUGUUCUGUUGCUGUGUGGCAUUGCCUUGAGCCUCUUCUGGGACGAGCAGGAGAGCUUUGUGUGUAACAGCCUCCAGCCGGGCUGCUCGGUGGUCUGCUUUGACGUCUUGUCUCCGGUGUCUCUCCUGCGCCUCUGGCUCUUCCAGCUCAUCCUGCUGUGCCUCCCUAACAUCCUGUUCGCCACCUACGUCACCCACAAAAUCACUCGUCGCUGCGGAGUACUGCACUGCAGCCUGAGUGGAGGGGUGCCAAGGUUCUACUGCUCCUACAUCAUGACCAUCAUUCUUCGGAUCCUCCUAGAAGUGUCUUUCGGUGCAGGCCAGUUCUUCCUCUUCGGUUUGUCCAUCCCAAAGAGCGUGCUGUGCUAUGAGGCACCCUGCAGCUCAGGGGUGGAGUGCUACAUCUCCAGGCCCACAGAGAAGACUCUGAUGCUCCACCUGAUGCUGGCCUUGGCCUCCUUGUCGAUCAUGUGGAGCCUGUUGGACCUGGCAGGUACCCUGAAGGCCAUGCUGAGCUGGAGGAGAAAGAUGGGACACGAGCUGAGCAAAGAAGAGCAAAGCAGCGUCCUCACAGCGUCGGUGGAUGACACGGACGUGCUCCUGACCCAAAGAACCAGCCCCAGCGGAAUCUCCAAAAACGGCCAUAAGGAGGAAGCGUCACUUCCCAACGGACAACUCCAGAAGCUUCAAGACCACAGGGAUGCAAAGACGGACAAGUCUGCUUUCUCCGUGAUGCACUUUGUCCUCCACAACCAUGUCAGACCACCCGUGUCUCCCUGCUCUGAGCCUGGCAGCAGACCUCCAACACCCAAAAAGCUAAGGAAGGUCACAUCCAGUAGCAACUUGUCUCCCACAGACAAAAGAGCAUGGGUUUGA